AACCCACACAAGUAAAGUAGGAGUGGGAGGAGGUAACAUCGGGCGUACUCACACACACACACAGAGUAGCGGGAAAUCUAGGGUUUGGUUUCUUCGACUACCAGUUGCAAAAGAAAAAAUGUUGCAAAGUAAGUCAAAUCCAACUCUAAGCAAGUCAACUGGACUACCCAGAAAGCGUUUCUACCGAGCAAGAGCUCAUAGUAACCCACUGAGCGACUCUCACUUCCCUGUUCCAGUUUCUCCUAGUCACGUGGACUAUUCACUUAGUUAUCCUCUAUUUUUUACCUCUUCUGAUCAAGCUGAUAGUUCCAGGAAGAUCAAAUUUGCGGAUAUUGGUUGCGGAUUUGGAGGGCUUCUAAUCAGUCUUUCAACCCUUUUUCCUGACACCCUGAUGAUUGGUAUGGAGCUUAGGGAUAAGGUCACAGAGUAUGUUAAAGAGCGUAUUUUAGCUUUAAGGAUCUCGAAUCAUAGUCAAUACCAAAAUAUCUCUGUGGUCCGGACCAAUUCUAUGAAGUACAUUCCUAACUACUUUGAGAAAGGACAACUUUCAAAGAUGUUUUUCCUCUUCCCAGAUCCUCACUUCAAGGAGAAGAAUCAUCGCAGGAGGGUAAUCAGUAUGCACUUGCUGGAUGAGUAUGCCUAUGUUCUUGGGAUUGGUGGGAUUAUAUACACAAUCACAGAUGUGGAAGAACUUGGAGACUGGAUGAAAACUUGUUUGGAGAGUCACCCCAUGUUUGAAGCUCUCGCAGAGGAAGAGCUUGAAGCGGAUCCAGUUGUAAAGCUCUUGAGUUCUGCAACUGAGGAAGGGCAGAAGGUCGCUAGGAAUGGGGGACAGACUUUCCAAGCAGUUUAUAGACGCGUUGUUCCAUCUCAAUGAUACAUUAGGAGACCCUGGGCUGCUCUAAAAGCAACCUUUAUAUUGAGUUUUGUUGGAAUGGUAACCUAUAUAUGGUUUUCUUCCAUUUUUUUUGUGUGGAAUUUUCCAUGUCCAUCGUAAAAUGGCAAAUUUUCACUGCUUUCAUUUUGACAUUUUAACAUUAAGUUUCUCUUUGAUCCUCAAUUUCACGCGACAGUCUCUCUGCCCUACAUCCUGCGCUUCUGGAACCCCCCCACCUCCACUGUGGACUGUGAAAGCCUGGUUGUUUAAUAUAAGUCGGUAAAUUGUUUUUGUAGACAAUAGAUCCUUUUUGGAUACAUUUAUUCUCUCU